CAGGCUCUCCUUACCUUCGCUCCCCACCUCGAAAAACCAAAACCCCUCCACCCUCCGGCUCUAGGGUUAGGGUUUUUGGCGCCCUUUUUUCUCUUCCUCCAUACUCUCUUCUUCUUCUUCUUCUUCCUCCUCUACGUGCUCCGUGGAAAUUCUUCGAAUUCUCUCAUUCGUUAAUUCCUGUUUCCUGCUUCGAGCGGGAUUCCGAUUCGACUGUGUUUGGAUCUGGAUCUGCGUAGGGAGGGAGAGGGGUGUGUAGGAAUCAAUGGAUACUCGCAAGAGAGGUAGGGCUGAAGCUGGGUUCAACAGUAAUGGCGGAGUUAAGAAGACGAAGCAAGAAAUGGAGUCUUUAUCAACUGGUGUAGGAAGCAAAUCGAAGCCAUGCACCAAGUUUUUCAGUACUGCUGGAUGUCCAUUUGGUGAGGGCUGUCACUUCCUGCACCAUGUUCCUGGUGGUUAUAAUGCUGUGGCCCAGAUGAUGAACCUAGCACCAGCCCCUGCACCAGCAUCUAGAAACAUGGGUGCACCGCCUCCCAUGUCUAAUGGAUCUACUUCUGCUGUCAAAACCCGUAUCUGCAACAAGUACAGUACUCCUGAAGGUUGCAAGUUUGGUGACAAAUGCCAUUUUGCACAUGGCGAAUGGGAACUCGGCAAGCCUAUUGCUCCAUCACAUGAUGAUCCCCGUGCCAUGGGACCUCGUUUGGGUGGUCGAAUGGAGCCACCCCCAGCAGGCCCUGUUGCUAGCUUCGGUGUUUCAGCCACUGCUAAAAUCAGUGUAGAUGCUUCCCUUGCUGGUGCCAUAAUUGGGAAGGGAGGUGUGAACUCCAAGCAGAUCUGUCGCCAAACUGGAGCAAAGCUUUCUAUCAGGGAUCAUGAGUCAGACCCUAACCUCAGGAACAUUGAACUUGAAGGAUCAUUUGAACAGAUUAAGCAAGCCAGUGCAAUGGUAAGAGAGCUAAUUAGUAGCAUUGGAUCAGUGGGUGGUCCUGCAAAGGCAUCUGGUGCAGCAGGAGGCCCAGGGCAUCCAGGAAGCAACUACAAGACCAAGUUGUGUGAAAACUUUGCCAAGGGGAACUGUACUUUUGGGGAGAGAUGUCACUUUGCACACGGUGCUGCUGAAUUGCGGAAGACAGGAGUGUGAGGCGAGCUAGCUCCUCCCAAUUUGUAGCUGGUGCUAAGGUGUGCAGUCUUGUACUAGUGAUCUUUGUUUUUGAUGCUGGCUGUGCAUUGCUUUGCAUUGCUAUUUAAUAGAUUUAGCACCUUCGAUUUUCACCCCCAUUGAGUUGACAUCUCAUUUUCUUUGCUUUAUUUUUGGUGGUUUUGUAACCUGUAGGAUAGGUAAGGUUCUUGUUAACUUAAAUGGUUAUCUUCAAGGUGCUUCAUUUGCGUAGCAAUACUAUACUGUUAAUUAUGAUUGUUUCCACUACAAGGAUUUGCACUUAUGGAUGCUAAAGCUCAAUUACCUAUAGAUUUGCUAAGU